UUUUGGCAGUAAUUUGUUUGAGUUGUAGUGGGCAUUGAACUUUUCCCCCGCCAAUAACUGAAUCAGCUUUCCAAGAUCCCUCCUUUAUUAAUUCUUGUUGUAGUACAACUGGAGUGGUUGCUUGCAUUGAGUUGGAGCUUGACUUGGUGUGGAGAUUCUAGAAUGUACUGUUUCUCAGGAUGUUUUGGUUUCUUAGCAGAUCUUUGGCUAUGAUUUUGGUUUUCUUUGAGUGUGCAAGAUCUAUUGGAGUUCUUUUCACUGGCCACUGAAGAAGAAGAAGAAGAAGAAGAAGAAGAAGAAGAAGAAGAAGAAAGUUGUGUUAUUUUUUGGGGGGUUGUAUUUGGAUUUGGGGUUCUUGGUUUUCAGUGGAGAAGUUUGAAGUUUGGAAUUUGGGGUGGUUGUUGUUGUUGUUGCUGCUGCUGUUGUGGUUUUAUGGUUUUUAUGGUGGAGAAGAGGUUCAAGGCUUUAGAGGUGGAAGAUAAUAAUGUCUGGAAAACCAGAAGAAAUGAGGUCACUGGCACUGACCCCUACUUGGUCUGUGGCCACAGUCCUCACCAUCUUCGUCUUUGUCUCUUUGCUCGUCGAGAGAUCAAUUCAUCGUCUCAGCUCUUGGUUGAAGAAGACACAUAGGAAUCCACUCUUUGAAGCAGUGGAGAAAAUGAAAGAAGAAUUAAUGUUGCUAGGCUUUAUAUCACUGCUUCUGACUGCCACCUCAAGAACUAUAUCCAGUAUCUGCAUCGAUUCGAAGUUUUAUAAUAGUAAUUUUUCCCCAUGCACUCGAUCGGAGGUCGAUGAUUCUGUAGAAUCUGAUAGUGGCUCACCUCCGGAGCGCAAGCAACUCAUGGAGUAUUUGUUUCGGCAUUCGAUGAAGAGGUUAUUGAGUGAAUCAACUCAUGGAACUUGCACUGAGGGCUAUGAACCAUUUGUUUCAUAUGAGGGUUUGGAACAGCUUCACCGUUUUAUAUUUGUUAUGGCAAUAACCCAUGUAUCAUACAGUUGCCUUACUAUGUUGCUGGCUAUCGUAAAGAUCCAUACUUGGAGAUCAUGGGAAGAUGAGGCUCAAAAGGAUCAAUUUGAUGCUUAUUGUGAUAUUACCACCAGAGCAUUGACAAUGAGACGGCAAUCAACAUUCGUGAAGUUUCACGCCCCGCAUUCUUGGAGUCGGAAUGGUAUUGUUGUUUGGGUGAUAUGUUUUUUCCGUCAGUUUGGACGGUCAGUUGCUCGAGCAGACUACCUUACUCUUCGAAGAGGCUUUAUAAUGAAUCACAAUUUAACUUCGAGAUAUGAUUUCCAUAGCUAUAUGAUACGUUCUAUGGAAGAAGAGUUCAAGAAGAUUGUGGGUGUUAGCGCACCAUUGUGGGGUUUCGUCAUUGGCUUCAUGUUGUUCAACAUAAAUGGAUCUAAUCUCUAUUUCUGGAUAGCGAUAAUUCCUAUUACUCUUGUUCUACUGGUCGGUGCAAAACUGCAGCAUGUAAUUGCCACUCUUGCUCUGGAAAGUGCAGGCAUUAGCGGACUUCUGAAUGGAGGAAGAUUAAAGCCACGAGACGACCUCUUCUGGUUCAAGAAACCCGAACUCUUACUGAAUUUAAUCCACUUCAUUCUUUUUCAGAACUCAUUCGAGCUGGCCUCAUUCUUCUGGUUUUGGUGGCAAUUUGGAUACGACUCUUGCUAUAUCAGAAACCAUUUACUCGUAUAUAUUCGGCUUAUUUUGGGGUUUGCAGGACAGUUCCUUUGUAGCUACAGCACAUUGCCUCUCUAUGCGUUAGUAACUCAGAUGGGAUCAAACUACAAAGCAGCAUUGAUUCCGCAAAGGAUUAGAGAGACAAUACAUGGAUGGGGAAAGGCCGCGAAGAAGAGAAGGAGACACCGUCGAUCAGUAGAUGAAUCAACGAUACGAACCGAAACAAGCACAGUUUGCUCAAUUGAAGAGGAUGAGCAAUUGCUUGAUGAUCACUAUAAUCAUUCAUUCAUACAAAUUGAACUACAGCCAAAUGCAAGCAUUGGCUCUGCUGACAAUGAUCAGCAUUCACCUGCUGCUGAUGAGAGUACAAUCUAUAGUACUAAUUCGAACACGCCACUUCUGCAUUGCUCGUUCUCGGUCCCAACUUCGCCGUCUUUAUCGGAUUCCCGGGGAAAUGGCAUUUCAAGAUCAGCUUCAAUGCCGGUUUGGAGAUCAUGAACAUGAAAAUUAUACUGCAUGGAAUAGGUUGCUAAUUAGUUUUUAGUUUUGCAAUGCAUGUUAUGUGAUGAUGUUUUUUUUCCUCUUUGUAUUUGGCCAAAUUAAUCGAAUAUAUGUGAAUAUGUGGAAUGAUUAGAGCUUGAAUGAUGUGUUAGUUUCUUUUUUUUUC